CGAUCGUAGACAGACCAUGCCGUCGCCCACGCCGGAAGAGAUGAAUCAAGCCACGCAAAGACUCCUGUUGCAGGAAAACACGCAGCAAAAGGAGACGAUUGAAGUCCUCAAACGCGAGCUCUGCUCUUCACACGACCGCGUCGCCAAUCUCGAAUCCACGGCGGCGCAUCUGCGAGCGCGCCUGGCCCAAGUGCACCAAAGUCGCUUCUUCGUCACGGACCUCCCACGCGAUGAGGACGACGGGUUGUACCAAGCUGCGCGAACGAUGGCCGGGCAGGAUCUACAGGAUGACGAGCUGUACGAAGCUGCACGCGCAAUGAACGCCCGGGACCUGCGGCGUGCAGAAAUCACGCUUCUGCGUCAGGCCGUCGAGGCCAGCAAGGCCGAGCUUGAGAAGUGGAAGAAUGAGGCAGCGAGGGCCGGCGCGGAGACUGUCAGUCGGAGCUGGCAGGCGAGCGUGGACGAGGCUGUACGCAGGGAGCGCGAGAAGGAUGCAUGGGCCAUUCGACACAUGCAGAGGGAACUUGAGGUGUUGAGGAAAUCUCAGGGCUAGAUCCGGAGACAGAUCUAGCCGUGCGCUCGGGGUCGUGGUGGAAGUGGCAAUGGCAGUCGUUUGGUCUUCUUCGCUUGUACUCUAACACACAGAUUUAGCCGU